AUGACUGCGACCUGCGAAAUUUUUAUCACAGCAGUUUUCCCCAAGAUGAAUGAAGAUCGUUGGAUCAUUGAAUGCCAUAACGAUGUUCAUAAUCAUGACUUGUUGGAAGACGACAAAAAAUUAUGUCUUGUCAAGAACCGCCAGCUCCAUUACGAACAGCAACGUACGAUUGAUGAGGUGCACGUUGCAAACGCCAAGACAUCCGCUAUUGUCGCGGCCGUAAACAACGUCAAGUGCACAAAGACGAGAGAGAGUGCAAAGGACAUCACUAACCAAUGUGCUCUGUUGAGACGUGCAUUAAACAAAGAUGAAAAUCAACGUCACAUGAAUCCCUUCAUUCGCAACUUGGAAGAGAAGGGGAGCAGUUUAUCAAGCAAGUAUGAAGAGAUUGGAAGCGAAAGGAUCGAAGAUGGGUUUCAUCAAUUACUCUGUCGAUUUGGCAUGGGUACGGACGAAACCAACAUGACAUAUGAUCGGUUUUUUAAGACACUCAAGACAAAAAUUGUGAAUUUUGUUGACGAAUUGUACAAACAACGUGCUUCUUGGGUCAAGCAGUACAGCGACAAGUGUUGCCACAUGGGAAUUUAUACGACCAAUCCUGUUGAACCAGCCCACUGUGCAUUGAAAGAAAAUAAUUGCCAAAUUGCCAAAUGUGCCUUGGCCACAACAUUUGGCCAAUUAGAUAUGGAACUCGCCCAACAGAAUUUCAAAGUUGUCAUGGAUAAAGGUUACACGACGUUUUCGGCCGAUCCUUUUGUUAAAACCAACUCAAUGUUUCGUGAAUUGGUGAAUGUGGUUAGCAGAUUUGCAUUUGAGAUGAUUAAGAAGCAAAUCCUACCUUAUAGACAUAUUAUACACAUGGAAGAAUAUGACCAGGUUUUCAGCAGCCAGACAAACAGUAAUAGAUUUGACAACGUAGUAAUCCGCAAGGAUGUUGUCAUUCCUCUCUCUUCUGUGGACGCAAAAUGGAUUGUCGGAAAACUGGCUUUAAGUAAUAACUCGAACCCUCUUGAGAGUGUGCACCAGUUAUUGUCAGCAGCCUUUGAAAAGGAUGAACUGGUGGUCAGUAGUCAAAAAAUUGCAAAGACUGCGAAAAUUCUUUCCCAAGGUGAAGCCGUUGAGGCUAAAGUGAAGAAGGUGAACAAACGAAAGCCAUCUACUAUAAAGAAGCUCAAGCAAGCGACAUUCGAUGAUUCUACCAUCAUUGAUGAGAAUAUCAAUCCUUAUAUAAGCUUGCUCUGCGUCUGUAUGCUUCAGUUUAUGCUGACGCACGUCGCUUCGGUGUCAAACGUUCUUGGCGAAGGAAAUUGUGGUUUUCGUUCCCUUGCUGCCUCCGUAGGAAGAGAUGAAGUCAUAAGAGUUGCGCUGUCUCUUGGUGACGAACUCUUAGGUGACUUCAAGAAGGAUGAGGGUUUUUACAUGGAUGUAAGAAGAUGCUUAUUGAACAACUAA